GAAGAAGAUGUGGCCAAGCAGACCUUAUAAAAAGAAUGAGCAUGGUUCACUUUUUUCACACCUGUCAGAUUCCCUGAUCAAGAGUGAAAAUGGCCUUUUCUAUAAUGUUCCUCAUGUACACCUGGGUUUUCACAGCAUUAUUUGUGGGAAAUGAUGCACCACCUCCACCAUGUGUCUUUCCAUUUCUUUAUGAGGGAAAAUAUUAUCCGUCAUGUACCACAGAUGGUUCCGGCAAGGAUCUGCUCUGGUGUGCACUAACUGACAACUAUGAUGAAAAACGCCUGUGGAAACAAUGUGCUGUUACUGAGUAUGGAGGCAAUUCUGGAGGAAAACCCUGUGUCUUCCCCUUUGUUUACAUGACCCAUAGUUACUAUACCUGCACAGGCAAAUCUAGGUAUAAAGGGCAGUUCUGGUGUUCUACAACUGGGAGCUAUGAUAAGGAUAAGAAGUGGAGCUACUGUGCUGAUACCAGACUUGAUGCAAAUUAUCCUACUGGACCAUGCAUCUUUCCUUUUAUCUUUGAAAAUAAGCUUUACUCAACUUGUACAACAGAUGGGAGAUCUGAUGGAAGGCUUUGGUGUUCUCUUUCAAGUAAUUAUGAUAAGGAGCCUGUGUGGGCAUACUGUGAGCCUUCAGAUCCUGCCCCUUGCAGUUUUCCCUUCAUAUACAGAAACAAAUCCUACUACUCCUGCACCACAGAUGGGAGUUUUUAUGAUCAGCUAUGGUGUGGCAUAACCCCAAACUAUGAUAAGGACAGCAAAUGGAAACCAUGUUCCCUUCAAGAACAUGGUGGGAACUCCAAUGGCCAGUCUUGUGUCUUCCCUUUCAACUACAAAGGUGAGAUAAUUACCACUUGCGUUGAUGAGGAUGAGAAGAAUGAGAAGAAUGGGAGAUUCUGGUGUGCCACUACAGAGAACUUUGAUGUGGACAUGAAAUGGAGCUUCUGUGCUGAUACACGUUUGAAAAAGAAAAAAGAUAAGGAAUCAAAAGAGCCCUGUGUUUUUCCUUUUGCCUACAAAAAGAAGAUUUACUCAGCCUGUACAACAGAUGGGACUACAAGCUGGAAACUCUGGUGCUCCCUCACCAGCAAUUAUGAUACAGAUCACAAGUGGAGAUACUGUGAGCCUUCAGAUUUACCAAGUGAAGAUCCGUAGCAGCCAUGAAGACUGAAACAAGCAGCAAAUACUCUGCCAGUUAGAUUACAAAGCCAUUCAACCAAUAUAUUGGACAUCU